AAAAAUAUCGCCCACCUGAGCAGCAGGAGGGGUCCUCCAGUAUGGAGCAGAGGAGGUCACAGUACCUCCACGUGAAAGAAGAGGAGCCACAGCCCCCCUACUUUAAAGUGGAGGAAAAACAGCGGCUGUCCCCCCACUUCAUAGAGGAAGACAAGAGACACCUGAUCAGUGUGACGAGUGAAGAUGAUGAGGUCAAAGACGUCUGUGAAGAACAUCUUCACCCUGAGCAACAGAAGUGGAGCUUCAGGAUGCGGACAGAGGAGCCACCGCCCUCCCACAUUAAGAAGGAAGAGGAAUACCCACUGAUACCCCAUUUUAAAAAGGAAGAGGAGGACCCACUGACACCCCAUUUUAAAAAGGAAGUGGUGGAUCCACUGACCCCUCACUCUAAGGAGGAAGAGGAGGACCCAGUGACCCCUUACAUUAGAGAGGAAGAGGAGGAAGAGGGCAUCAGUCAGCCUAAAUGGUUGGAGGAGUUCCCAGUGACUGGUGUCCCUGUGAAGAGUGAAGAUGAUGAGGUGAAAGGUGAAAGUGAGGAGAGGGGAGGGGGGGAGCCUCCAAGCAGCAGCUCAACACAACACAUGACAACAGAAGCUGAUGGAGACCACUGUGGAGGAUCACAAGCAGACAAGCUCUUAGCUCCACUAUCAGAUAGUGAGGACACAACGUCACACUCUCCUGACACUGAUGAUGAAGACUCUAAAGAUGAUAAGACAUGUCACACUGACAACACUCACUUCACAUCUUCUCACUCUCACAAAACUUUUAAAUACCAAAGUCGUCUGAAAAGACAUAUGAGAAGACACACUGGAGAAAAACCUUUUACUUGUUCAAUCUGUAGUAAAGGUUUUGUAAAAAGUAGCUAUUUGAAAGUACACAUGAGAACACACACUGGAGAAAGACCUUUUUUAUGUUCAAUCUGUGGUAAAGUUUUUAUUCGAAGGUACUAUUUAAAAUCACACAUGAGUACACACACUGGAGGAAAACAUUGUUCCUGCUCAGAAUGUGGUAAAAAUUAUACUCAAAGCCAUAAUUUGAAAACACACAUGAGAAUAGACACUGGAGAAAAACCUUUUUCAUGUUCAAUCUGUGGUAAAAAUUUUACUCGAAGGCAAAAUUUUAAAACACACAUGACAAUACACACUGGAGAAAAACCUUUUUCAUGUUCAAUUUGUGUCAAAAAUGUUACUCAAAGGCAAUCUUUGAAAGUACAUAUGAGAUUACACAAUGGAGAAAAAAAAUGUUUCCUGCUCAGACUGUGGUAAAAGUAUCGUACUAAAUCAAAGUUUAAAAGUACAUAUGAGAACACACACUGGAGUAAAACGUUUUUCAUGUUCAAUCUGUGGUAAAAAUUUUACUCGAAGGCAAAAUUUUAAAACACACAUGACAAUACACACUGGAGAAAAAACCUUUUUCAUGUUCAAUUUGUGUUAAAAAUUUUACUCAAAGGCAAUCUUUGAAAGUACAUAUGAGAUUACCACUGGAGAAAAUAAAAUUUCCUGCUCAGAA